CUAAUAAAUAUAGCACAGGAUUGUAGGCACUACUACUCGGUGCCAUCCCUACUGCAACAGGACGCGACCGUCUCAAUCACCAAUACGGCAAUUCAAGCACCACGAACGACGUCUCCUGCCACUAUUGAAUAAGAAAAGCGCAAUGCGCAACUCUUCUACUUCCAUUUUCCGAUUGCAACGCAAACCAUACCACAACCAUUCAAAAUCCGGGAGGACGAGACCAAGCCACCAAAAAAUUAAAGACUCGCUGUGUCGUGUUGCGUUGUGUCCUGGCGCCAUGGCAAGGAAUUCGAAUCGCGGUUCCGGUUCCGGGAAUCCGGACCCCUCCCACGCGUUCCACGAACCUGCGUGCGGAGAGCCCGGGGCAAGGACUUCYGGGGCGUCCCAGUCGUUGCUCGGACCCCCCGAGCUGCUGCCGCCGUUGCGCGGCGGAAAAGMCCGGGGCGCAGACAGAGUCRCAGRCGCAGGCGCAGACCGGAAUCCCUCCGGCCCCCGCCGGGGGUUCGAGGAGAGGGAGGAUCCCAACGCGUCCGUGGGCCGUGGGGGGGACACCGGCGUUCGGGACGGCCCCGAACCCACAACGCAACGGGCCCGCCGUGCCGCGAGAGGCGAGGGAAGGGAUGCACCGCCGGGAGGUCCGGACCCCCCGUUGUCCGCAUCGAGCGGCGACGACCGCAACGACGACGACGAGAGAGGAGGGGGCCGGGAACGCACGCUCCCCGUGGAGGAGGUCGAACCAUGCCCGCGUUGCUCCGAACCAACAGUGGGGGCAGCUCGAGACGAGAACAACGAUGACGAUGGCUAUAGGUUGAUGCUGGAAGAGGAAGAUAACCAGAGGCGGCAAUGGCUCGAGGAGAUAGAGUCCCACCGAGCCCGGGAAGAAGAGUCCGAGUUGCACGCACUUCUCGACGAUCAGAUGCGGUUGUUUCGGGAAAUCUAUCCCGACGAUCGACGAGAAGAAGGAGGAGAGGGGGUGGACGAAGAAUCAAUCCUGGAGGACGAGGGUGGAGACGAAGACGAAGACCUCUUUCUCCAGGGAGAAGUAUUGCGGGGGGAUGGUCAGAUCGAGGACCUAGUGGCCUUUUGUGAAAGCCGCGAUCGAGAACAAAAGCAACGGUCCGGGACUACCCAUCGAGGAACCACGGCUUUUUCCGAGGGUUGCGCACACGCCGGUCAGCCGUUUGGGCACAAUACUACGGGUAUAGCAGCUGCAACCAACCACCAUGGUGUUUGUGUCGUUUGUCUGGCAGCACCCCGGACCCAUGCCUAUGUCCCGUGCGGGCACCUGUGCGUAUGCCAGUCCUGUGCCCGCCACCAGCUCAAGCAGCAACGGAAACAAGAACGAGAACGGGGUGGAACAGGGCUAUUGGCCCCGAGCUGCCCGGUUUGUAGGCAACCGUCGGCGAUGGUUGUGAAGAUCUUCGUUCCGUAGGACGCAAUCAAGCAGUCCCUCCAUCGAUCUACACCAGAUCGGUAAAUGGACCAUUCAUUCCUCGCGGUUGUGUGUGAUUCGAUUCUGAUUUAUUCGAUCGGGUAUGAGACUCGGCUAAACUCGAUUGCGUCCGAAUAGAUUUAGAAAGUUCAC